AGAUAGUUAGUUUUGUUGUCACGCUAAAACGAAGCGCAUUGGCCGGCGCUUAAACGAGUUCAUUUAUUAUUCUGGGAAAUUUUAUUUUUAGUUUUUUUUUUAAGUAAACUUUAUAACGCUUCAACUAGCCAAAUACAAAAAAAUUCAUUAAAUAAAUUAAUAUGUUUGUUAGUGUGUGUGAGUGUUUUUUUAUGUUUUGUUGAAAGAAAGCCACCAAAGAAUGAAGAAAGAAGGAAAUGAUCAUCAGCUGUGAGAGAGUCUUUCUUGAGUGGCAUUUGUUUUGCCUUUGAAAAUGAAAUCUAGUGCUAAAAAUAUAAAUCAACAACAAUUAGAGCAAAGAGCAGAAGAGCCAAGAACUGCGUAAAUAAAAAGCAAUCAAAUAAUAUUUAAAUUUUAUAUAUCUGGUUUACUGUGCAAAGAAAGCUGUUUCUCUUGUUUGCGAAAAUUCAAUAAUUGCUGCCCCAGACAGCGCGAAUUGUGCGCCCUGUGGCCCUUUUGACGUCACAAACGCAUCGUCAGCUGAUCGGAUUGAGUAGGAAGCGGAGGCAAAGGGGAGGCCCACAAUCAAGCACAACAAAAAGAGAAUCCAAAAAGCAAAUAAAAUAAUGUUUUUGUAUUAACACAAUUUAUAAGUAAAAAUCAUCUAAAAUGGAUAGUUUCAUGUACUAUGCCAAAGAGAAGGCAGCAAAGGUGGCAGCAGCUGCAGCUCUCACAACGACCACCACACCCGCCUCUCCCCUUCUCUCCACCACGGCCAGCAGCAGCCCUCUCGCUGUUGGCAUGCCACGCGCCGAAGAUGGCGGCGUUUCGAUGGCAAAUUUCUAUCCAGCAUUGGUUCAAUGCUUUGGCAUCAUCAUAUGUGGUUACAUUGCCGGACGUUUUAAGAUCAUCAGCAAUGCGGAAACCAAAGGUUUGGGCACAUUUGUGGGAACCUUUGCCUUGCCAUCGUUAAUAUUCUUAUCACUGGUCGAAUUGAAUUGGAGUGCCGUCAAUUGGAGCUUCCUUUUGGCCAUGCUGGUAUCCAAGGCAGUUGUAUUCUUUGCUGUGCUAAUCAUUACUCUCCUGGUGGCAAGACCAUUGAACUAUGCACGAGCCGGCUUAAUGGCCAUCUUUUGCACUCAGAGUAAUGAUUUUGCCAUUGGUUAUCCCAUAGUCAUGGCACUCUAUAAGGAUGUUCAUCCGGAAUAUGCAUCAUAUUUAUAUCUCAUGGCUCCCAUUUCAUUGGCCAUACUCAAUCCCAUUGGUCUGGUUCUCUUGGAGAUAUCAAAAAUUGUCAAAAACAAAGAGGAUGUGGCUCGAAAUCCACCAUUGUGUCCGGAAACUUGUCCGGCAGAGCAAAUGGCCAAACGUAAUCGUUGCCUUGGCGAACGUACAAUUCUUGUAUUGAACACACUUGUCUCACUCUUCUUCAAUCCUUUGCUCCUGAUGACCUUGCUGGGUGUGGCUGGUGGUUUUCUAUUUCCCCAUGGUCUGCCUGAAGUUGUCUCUAGCACAUUGCGUGUCCUUGGUCAGAGUUUUUCGGCCACUGCCCUCUUCCUGUUGGGAUUGAAAAUUGUCGGCGGCACCGGAACAGAACGCAAAAGUCAUGGAUUUUUACUACCCGGUGUACUUAUACUUGUCAAAAUCCUUGUUUUACCCUUGGUGACACGCCAGACUGUGAAUAUUAUGCAGGCUGGUGCAAAUUUCAAUGAGACAACCGAGCUAAGCACAUUUGGAUUUCUAUAUGGCACAUUUCCAGCUGCUCCGGGAGCGUUUGUCAUUGCCACACAAUAUAAUAUUGAAGUGGAAUUGGUGGCUCGUAGCAUGGUCUUGUGUACUUUCAUAUCGGCCCCCUUGAUGUUUAUCUCUGCAAAAAUGAUAUCGUUGACAAAUUUGAAACCUUUGGAUUAUAUACACGAACUGGAUGCCUUCUCAUUUGACAUAAGUUGUGCGGGAGCAGCUGCAUGUUGCUGUGUCUUGGCCCUGUUGAUAGUGACGAAACGUUUUAAACGUUUACCCCAAAGGAUUACCUUCUGUUUGGUUUUGUCACAAUUAAUGUGCUGCAUUGGCGUUAUAUUAUGGUCCAAAUUGAAUCAUGUCGAAAGUUGGACAUUAUAUUUGCAAUUCUUCCUCUUCAAUAUUGGCACAUACAGCUCGCGUCUGUGGACUGGCAUAUUGGCCAUAACUUUGCUAUUUUUACAAUGUCGUAGCUUAUGUUUUGUACUCAAAUUGUGGCCCUAUAUGUUAGCAUUUGCUUGGGGUGCACCAGCUCUUAUCUCUGGACUAUUGGUGGCCUUUGAUUCGAAUGUCAUGUCGGGGGAGAAACAUAAUCCAAGUUUUCAAUAUGGCAAUGCUCAGGCAGCCAUUUCAGUAUUUUUGCUUGUCAUGUGCUUUAUAGUCACUGUGGGCUGUUUGGUUCUCCAUCAACGUUAUAAGAAACGCUACGAGAAAUAUUUAACAUAUUCCCGUGAGCUAUCCAAUCCAGAAUCGGAACCUUCUGAAAUUCAUUCGACAAUUUCAACAACCAAUUUGCUAAGCAAUGUAGAUCAUUCGACUUUGAGACAAAGUGUACGAACUACUUCGUAUUCCUCAUCCUCGGAUGAUGAUGAUAUGAUACCAACAGCAGCUGGUGUGCCAGCCAAUAGGUUAUCAAAUGGAAAUUGUCCUCCGACUAGCCCUGGUCCACAAGCUUCUGGUGGUUGUGGUUCUGGUAAUGGCAAUUGUUGCUCUGGUGGUGGAUCAAGGGUCUCAACACCCACUACAACAAGCACUGUGGUCGUGGACAUCGAGGAUCUACUCAAUCGUAAUCGUCAGCGUACUAAUCUAACAUCUGACAAGGAUCUAGAUAAAAUUGAACCAGCUCCCAAUACAAAAGAAUUACGUAGGCACAUGUGCAGCAGUUCGUUCAAUUGUGGACCAAGCACUUCACGACAAAAUUGUCAGACAAUUAUUGAACGCUAUGAGGAUCAAACACGACGAGGACUCGAACCAUUGGAACAUACCAGCGAUUGUGAUGAGCAUCAGACGUUAAAGCAUACCGUCCUAUUGAUCAUCUUACUUUGCUCCAUGUUCGUUGGCCUUGCCGUAUCCAUUUGGACUCUGGUUAUGGAGGGCAUGUCGGGCAUAUAUCUGGAAUUGAGUUUUCUCGAUGCUUUCCUUAACUUUGGUCAAGGAUUAAUAGUUUUGGCUGUAUUCAUUACCGAUAUGGGUGAACUGUUAAUGCCUUUGGUCAAGUUCUGGCGCAAAUUAUGGUAUGGAGCCAAUAUGGUCAGUUUGCCGCACUGGUCAAAUGUGCGACCAGAAACCAAACAUAUUUGCGAACAAUUUCGCAAUCAUCAUUUGGAGAACUGCAAAAAGGAUAUUGCCAAGGAUAGAAGAUGGCGCAUACGAGUCUAUCGUAAGGUGUUCUAUGGCAGUGAAUUUGUCAGUUGGCUAAUUGAAGUGGGACUCUCAAAGGAUCGCAUGGAGGCUGUACAUUAUGCCCGUCAUCUUGUCGAUGGUCGCGUAUUGCGGCAUAUCAACAAUGUCUAUCAUUUUGAGGACAAACUAUUGCUAUAUAAUUUCUGUAGUCGCAUCUAACAAGGGGGGGAUAAUACUAUAAUAGACAACAAAAAGAAAAGCAA